CAGACCACGCUGCAGGUCCUCGUGAUCAAGUGGGCCCGGGCAGAGGGGCGGAGCGGCCCGCAGUACCUGGCCAGCACGGUGGUGCUCUUCACGGAGGUGCUGAAGACGUGCGUCAGCUUCGCGCUCGUGGCGUCCGAGAGCGGCGGGGUGGCGAAGGCGGGCGAGCUCGUGGUCGGGCACUUCACGCGAGACCCUCUGGAGGCCCUCAAGAUCUGCGUGCCCUCGCUUCUGUAUGCCCGAGGUGUCCGAAAGUCUCUGCCCGUGCCCGGCGCCCUCCUCCUGCCGGGCGCGGCGCCCGCCGUGGCGGCGCCGAAGGCGGCGCUGCUGGCCGCCGGCUGGGGCGCGGGGCCCCCGGGGGGCGAGGAGGCCCUGGGCUUCGUGGCGGUGCUCGCGGCGUGCUUCACGAGCGGCCUGGCCAGCGUGUACCUGGAGAAGCUGCUGAAGCAGACGGACGCGUCCAUCGGCGAGCGGGCAGCACACGCCCAGGACGCGUCGCCCAUCGCGGACGGCGGCCUCACCCAGGGCUACACCGUGCGGGUCGUCUGCGUGAUCGCCACGAACGCGCUCGGGGGGCUGCUCUGCGCCGCGGUGCUCAAGUACGCGGACAACAUCCUUCGGUGUUUCAGCACCGCGCUGUCGAUAGUGCUGACGUGCGUGGUGUCCUUCGCCGUGCUACAGGAGGAGACCCUGGACCUCCUCUUCGUGGCCGGGGCCGUGCUGGCCAUCGCCGCCACGUUCAUGUACAGCGCCGGGCUCCCGGUGGGCCUCGGCCUGGCGUGCCAGCCUGGCAAG